AAUUCAGCGUAGAAGAAGUGACAUUCACCGUCCAAUCACGAACGGCUCCCUAAACCUACCCGGAAGAUCAACUUUUCAUGUCACACUCUUAUAUGCAAUACAGUCGCCAUAAAGAUGUCCUGUCACUCCAGCGUCACUCAUCUCCACGUGUCUCCUGUGGGACAGGCAGAGCGAGUCCCGGUCCAUCUCCUCCCUUGUGAGAUUGAACACAAUGGGCCUGCCCAGGUCUCACAGUACUUUACUGCAACCAUGAAAGAUCACAAAGGAGUCAAGGCCGUCUCAUUCAGAGGACGCGGGCUGAAAGGUCAGGAGAUCUGCUGUCCAGCAGGAUACACAGGCCUGGUACUUAAAGACACCAACAAGCCUGGCUCUGACCAGGAGGACAGGAUAGUUAGAGUCUCCUCUGUGUUUGAUAAACUGACCUACUGGAAUCUGGACAAUCCUCCAACCUCUGAUGACACUGUGGUGAUGGCCAUGGAUUGGCCGGAACUUGCUGAGGCGAUACACGAGCCAAUAGACGAGUGACGUGAUGGAAAUACUAUUUUAAUGGGCCGGCAGACAAAUGUCAUAUUGACAUGUGAAAUGCACCUUUUAUCCCACAUGUUUUUCAACCACCAACCUUAUAAAACGCUCUGCUAUGGCAGAGCGAUCAGUUACAUAGAGCAGUGUUAACGAAAUGAUACCUGAAUGAGGUUUGUGUUUGUUUGUACAUAAAUAAAAAACGUAAAGACUUGCAAAA